AUGGAAUUCCUACCUGAUCGUUUGUUCAACGUCCUGAAGAGGUCCGCAAUCCCUGAACCAGCCUCCGGCACAUUGAGUACAACACCAACGACCACGACGGCGGCAACCUACAAGAUCACUCAUGCCUUGGACAAGCUGGCUCAAGCGGGAGUUGUUGACGACAGUGGUGGCCAGGUCAUCUCCUUGGGGACAACCACCAGCAGUAUUCACGCCGAGAAGAUCACCCACGCGGCCAAUCAAUUGACCCAUGCAGGUCUUGCCUCCAAUGGCGAGGCUGUGAAGUCAACCAGCAAGGGCCUUGACACCAAGUACAUCAUCAUAAUAGCUGUUGUCGGUACAGUGGUCCUCCUGACGCUUUUGAUAGGAGGCUGCCUGUGCUGGAGAAGAUAUCAAAGAAGGAAGGCAUAUAAUUUGGUUAGCCGAGGUGUUGACAAAGGCAAGGCGCCAAUACGGGAGAAGGAGGAUAUGUUCAAUGCCGACAUACAAGAGUCCAGGGGCCUCAGUGUUGAUGGACAAAUGAUCACUGAACGGAACUUCGAAAAUGCAUAUGACAAGGUCGACACAGAAUAUGAUGGUCCUAGGUAUGGAGCGGUUGAGGGAGAUGGCGACAAGAGGGCUCGGUUUGAGGCUUGA